AUGUAUAAUGACAAAGAAAAAUUCAUCUACUUCAUUGAAAGUGAAGGAUUCGAUAGAGAUCAAAAGCUUAAAAGCUAUUUAUAUCCAAAUGCUAGCAUAAGAUAUUCAUUACUUGAAUUAUGUUGUUAUUAUGGAGCAGUUGAUUGUUUCAAGUUAUUAAGAACGAAAUUUAACUCAAAAAUAACUGAAACAUGUCUUCAAUUAUCAUUUUUAGGCCGAAAUCCAGAGAUCAUGAGUGAAUGUUUGAAAUAUCAAAAGCCAGAUGAACAAUGCAUGAUUAAUGCAAUUAUUUCACACAACAUUGAUUUUGUUACAUUCUUGGUAAAUGAAUACAAUAUAGAGAUCGAUUUAUUUUAUUGUGUAUUAUAUCAUAAUCUUGAAUCAUUUUUAGUCUAUUUCGAUCAAACUAACGAUUUUAACAAAUGUUUUGUUAAUUCCACAUUGUUUGAAAUUCCAGCCCUUUGUGAAUAUUUCCUUUCCUAUGGUGCAAAUGUCAAUGAAAAAGAUAAUAUUGGACAAACAGCUCUUCAUAUUGCAGCAAAAUUUAACAACGAAGAUAUUGCUGAUAUUCUUAUUUUACAUGAUGCAAAUAUCAAUGAAAAAGAUAUUUAUGGACGAACAGCUCUUCAUACUGCAGCUUCAUUUAAUAGUAUAGAAACCGCCAUUCUUCUUAUUACAUGCGGUGCAAAUAUCAAUGAAAAGGAUGAAAUUGGAGAUACUGCUCUUCAUCACGCAGCAUCAUAUAAAAAUAAAGAAAUGGCUGAAUCUUUUAUUUUAUAUGGUGCAAAUAUCAAUGAAAAAAAUAAACAGGGAGAAACCGCUCUUCAUAUUACAGCAUUGAAUAAUAUGAAAGAAACCGCCAUUCUUCUUAUUUCACAUGGUGCAAAUAUCAAUGAAAAGGAUGAAUAUGGGAAAACUGCUCUUCAUAAAUCAGCAGCAUUUAAUAGUAAAGAAACUGCUGAUCUUCUUAUUUCACACGGUGCAAAUAUCAAUGAAAAGGAUGAAUAUGGGAAAAUCGCUCUUCAUAUUGCAGCACAUGAAAAUAGUAAAGAAAUUGUCGAUCUUCUUAUUUCACAUGGUGCAAAUAUCAAUGAAAAAGAUAAAAAUGAGAAAACCCCUCUUCAUCAUGCAGCUUCAUGUAAUAGUAAAGAAAUGGUCAAUCUUCUUAUUUCACAUGGAGCAAAUAUCAAUGAAAAAGAUGAAAAUGGACAAACUGCUCUUCAUAUUGCGGCAGUAUUUAAUAGUAAAGAAACGGCCGAACUUCUUAUUUCAUAUGAUGCAAAUAUCAAUGAAAAAAAUAAUCUUGGAGAAACCGCUCUUCAAAUUGCAGCAGUAUUUAAUAAUAAAGAAACUGCCGAUCUUCUUAUUUCACAUGGUGCCAAUAUCAAUGAAAUAAUUUAA